GGAGGGAGAAGUGCGUUCCUCCGAGUCAGCCGUGCCAUCCCUCUCCCUGUCAGUAAAAUGAGAAACGGAGAAGAGGGACCUUUUGGCGGUCAGAUAGCUCCCGCUUCUCGGGAGAGCGUCUCGUCGUCACCCGCUGCGUCGGGCCGCCCCCAGUUCGGGGAGGGAGAAGAGCAGCCAACAGGUCUUCAGAGGAUUCCAGAUGCAUCCUCUAAUGGAGAGAACAUUUUGCCUCUGCUGGAAGGUGAAAGUAGCUGUCUGGAUAAGGUAGGCUUUAUUUGCACGUUACACACUGUUUAACAUAUUGUUUCUCAGACUUUUCCUAGUGCCACCCUUGGAUUCACCUUGAAUUUAUCUGGGUUCACUUCAUCUCCCUGCGUCAAAAUAGAUUUUACUUCAGCCAAGAAAUAGCUAACUGCUUUUAGUCGUGUUGUGCGAAAAUUUGUGUUAACAGUUUUGAGGUAUUCUUGCCUAAAAAAACCUUUUGAGUUUUGAAGUUGGCUUUGAAUAUAAUCUUUGUUACUCACAUUCAAAACAUAUUCUGCUGCAUGUAGCUUCCUUUCAAAUAUUUGAGAUGGUGAAAUACUGGUGUAGUUGGGUAAAGAAGCUGUGGGAGAGGUGAAAUGAAAGGCAGGUGUUUUGAGUGUGAUAAGUAAUCAAGAAAGAUUAUGUAUACACCUUUUAAACCUUUUUAAAAAGUUGAAAACAUUGUACAGGCUAUUGUGAAAGGUGACCUGGCAGUGGAGUAGCAGUGGGUGACAAUGGCAAAAGGUAGCAACAGUAGGCAUUGGGGUUUUAGACCAAACCCACCAAGAACUCUUCAGCUGGUAUUAACAGAGUCCUUAGGGGCUUCAAAUCUCUGAAGAACAAGAGCUUCAUCUGUGAAACAGAUGAACUCUACUGUCCCUGGGCAAAAAAAAGUGGUGCAAAAUCUGAAAGGGAGAUUAGUUUGCUGCCUCAUCAAGUAUUGAUGCUGUAAGAGGAUUGGAUUUGCAUAUCCAAGGAGCAGUGAUUUCUCCUAUUAUUGAUUACUUAGAGCAACACAACAAACAUUAAGUUGAAAAUCCUAAUUGUCCCUACAGUGGUGUUUAGCUAAAACUCUAUAGGUAAUUUCAUAUGGGUUGCAAGGGAAAUAUUGAUAAUUUCUAAUGGACCAAAAUAAUGAAAUAUAGUUUUUGAGUGAAGACUCAAGGUCCAUUUAUACUUUCAGUGGGAAUUCCUAGAAAGUUAAUCUACUUCUUUACUACCAGGUAUUCUUGGAUCUAAAACUUUUUCUGCCCUGUGGAAAACACAUUUUGAUCCUCAUUUCUUAUGGAAGCCCCAUCCAACCUAACCUUGAACACAUCCAGCGAUAGAUACAAUGGAAUUUUGGUAUACUGCAGACUUAUCUUUAGAAUAAUUUAUCUCUUCUUGUGAAUUUUUUAUGUGGAGCUGCAUUAGCAUUAUAAAGGUCUCUUCAAUUUGUAGUGUUUCAAUUUCAGUCAGUUUCUCUGAAAUUAAAGAGCAUAGUGUGAGCAUCUACUGUAAACUUCUGAAUCAGUACUUCUGCUCCUGUAUGCAGUUGCAGCCAUGAACUCUGUUUAAAAAUAAGAGUGUUGAUAUGUUUCAGUGACUGCAUUGCAGUCUCCAGGUCUGAUUCAAUUCAACAUUGAGCAAAUGAAUGUAAUAUGAUUAUCUUAAUAAUAACACAGUUUCUAACUCAGAUAACAUUGCUGAACAAGCUUAAGAGCUGGGCAAGCCUCAACACCAGAUGGCAGUAUCUGGUGAGCUUCUGACUUGUGCCUCACAAAUAAGUUAACCGGGUUUGGCCUAUUUUAUGAAAAUUCUUAUUGAGAGUUACCAAGAUCUCUUUUCCCUGAAAAGUCAUUAAAAAACUCUGAAAGAAUGAGUGUUUCUAACUAGGAGUUAAAAGCAGACUACACUGAAGAAGUUAUAUUUCCAUCUUCCCCAAUCUCAGAGAGACCAAAAAUAAGUCAUAAUUACUUGGUUAACAUAAUGGUUAGCUUUGGGAAGUUAUGUGCCUCUUGUACACAUCUCUCUUACCACCACCUGUCUUUAUUGAUAGUUCUUGAUAACUUCCUGAAGAGAACACCUAUGAAGGUAUUUACCACAUAGGGACUUGAAGUAUGUAGUAAUCUGAGUCUCAGCUGUGUGGCUCAGGUUAAUUUCAUUCAUAUUCAUCCAGGAGAAAUAUUUUCUGAAAUGUGUUUUGUCUCAGUGCUUGUGUUGGUAUUUUUAAGUUCUUUAAAAAAAAAUAGUGGGCUGUAUUUGGAAACUAGCUAUUUAUAUUAUAAUCCUUAAGAGGGUUUUUUGUACUAUUAAAGUCCAUAUUAGUUUCUGGAUUCAAGAGGCUGUCUAUCAGUGAUCAUGCUUUUCACCUCUUUGGGAAAGAGAAAUUGGUAAGCAGCUCAAGUUCAGUGCAGAAGGAGUUGUAUUUUCUUCUUGACUUAAUGUGUUUUGUGGGAUUAUUAUUUUUUUUAAACUGGUGUUCUGUGUAGAGAUUGUACAGGCAGAAAACUGAUCUACCAAUCAUUGCUAUAUAAGAGGCUUUGCAUUAUCUCUUUAGUAACCUCUGGACCUGGUGUGCAGUCUGAAUACUCAAAAUAACUGCCUGCAGUCAAGAAAAGGAGUCCUGAGGCAACAGCUGUACUGAAACAUGAAGGGCUAUAAAGCUCUUGCUUAACACUGCUUCCCACUGACCUCUAGUUCACCAAAUAUUCCAGCAAGCAGUGGUUUCCUGCAUAGAUCUUUAGGACUUUUUUAUGUCUACGCUUUGUGGUUGCGAGGCUGUUAAACGAUGGUUGGAGCUUAUCUUGCAAGUGGUCAUUGCAGUUAUACUGAUGCCACUUCAAGAUCCAUUGAUACGUGCUGAUAUGUCCUUAGUAAGAUCACUUCUUGGAUUGUCACUCUUUUCUGGUAGUUUGGUUUGACAACAAUCUGAUUGCACAACACAGUCCAGUAAGUCAACAUUUUUCAGCUGAACGUCUUUCUGAUAUAAAGCCACAUAUAGAUUGUAUUUUUCUCUGUAGAAUCUCCCUCAGCACAGUAUUGUCAAUUCUAGUCUAUGCCAUUUCCUUAGCAAUUUUCCUGCUUCUGUCUAUUCCUAAAGAUUAGUCUCAGAUUGUUUACAAAUGUACAGAAAAUCAAAGUGGAGAUACUGUUUAUUUUCUUAACAUUAGUUGUUAGCCAUGUGAAUGUGACUGAUUUCACAGAAUAAACUACUCUGAGAAAAUGGUAAAACAAGAAAAAAUAGAGGGCUAGAUUUUUUCCUCUAAAAGCACACAGUCCUACAUGCUCAUGUGCUCCAAAUUAAAAGUUUUAUUUAAGAGGGGUAACUUUUGCAUCCUGAAAUUAAAAUAUUGUUUUCAUUUUUUCAUGUUAUCACAUAAAUCUUUGUCUAAAAUAAGAAAAGGAGGAAUCUCUGUAGAGAGGUUAUCCUGAACCUAGUUUUGAACAUGUGACAUGUAAACUGCUGUGUGGCUGACAGAUGACCUUGAAUAUAAAAAGUUAUAGUCAAUACUUUCUUUAUAAUGCAUGAAAUUAGAAUUCUGUUUUCAAGCUUUGAACUUCUUUACAAAAUCUUUACCUCCUUUCUCCCCAUUACUCAUAAUUUUUGGUCAUAUUGUUUGCUCUGUAGGAUUUAAAUAAAUUUCUAUUGGUUAUAAACCUACAAGAAGGGAAGAAUAUCAAGCAGUAAAAUAAGUUUUUAAACCAUUAACUUUGAGUGUACUGCUUCUAUUACUUUAAGUUUUGGUUUUAUGUUGUAAAGAAUGAUCAGGAAGUUUCCCAUAUGGUAUGUUUCAAAAAAGCUGCAACAAAGUUAUUUUAAUAAGAAAAAUGAAUGCAUGAAUUAUUUAAAAUAGUUGGUGCAACUGUUCCUGUUAACUAAUCCAGGCACUUGGAAGGCAAUUACACUGAGCUUUGACAACACUGCCAACCCACUGCACAGUGCCUUAUGCCAAAAGCUAUUGUUGUUUUAUUGACCACGUUCACCAUUACAUAUGCAUAUGAAAAAACAGAGGCAUUUUCAUCGGGAUUACCCUAAUAGCAUUAAGAGAUUAUUUUUUAAAUUUCCUUGGAAGGAAAUUCACUUAAAUGAGAUUACUUAUUACUUGACUGGUUUCCUAUCACGCUGCUAUGUUUAGGUAAGUGGAGUCCAUUAGAGUAUAAAGUUUUUAAAAAAACUGAUUUUAUACAUUAAUGAUUUCAAAUAAAAGAGAAGUACUAUAUUUGUGCACAGCUUCUUUUGAGAAAGUUAAGUCGAUGUUCUGGUUAGGAGAGAUAACACUUUUUGUCCCUCUUGGUGGCCCCCCUAGUGUCACCAUUAGUUGCUAAUUACUUGCAAACAAAUAAACAAUUAACUCCUCGUGCCUCUUGGUGGGAGAGUUUUCAUUGACAUGCUAAAACUUUCUAAUAAAAGAUUUUAAUUAAUGACGUUGCAAAUCCAACCCCCUUGUCAACGUAGCUAUAAGGAGGACUUGUGGAGAAAUGCAAGUACAGUAUAUGUGCUAUGCUGGCUGAAGGUGAAAGCAUGGCAAGUACAUCGCUAUGUGCUGCUAAUACAUCAGCAUCUAAGAAUCUUCGGAAAGUGUCUGGGUUUAUAGAAAAUAAAACCACACAGUGCUCAUUUUCCAUUGAAAGUAUUUUGGGACUGGAGCAGAAAAAAGAUGGCAUUCCAGCUGUGAAACCUCACAGACCGUGGAUGGAUGCAUGCACCAACUUGGUUUUAGGUGAUGACAGUAAUCCUCAUCUGCAAAUCCCUGUUGUUAGCUAUGAAAAUCCAUUAUUUCAUGCUAACAGUACUCCAGUGCAAGAGGAAAAAGUUUUGAAAUGUGACAAAUAUUUUUCAGUUACUGAAAGGCUAUCUUUCAAACGAGAAUUGAGCUGGUACAGGGGUAGAAGACCCAGAACUGCAUUCACUAGAAACCAGAUUGAAGUCUUGGAAAAUGUUUUUAAAAUGAACUCCUACCCUGGCAUUGAUAUUAGAGAAGAGCUAGCUCACAAAUUAGAUUUAGAUGAAGACAGGAUCCAGAUCUGGUUCCAGAACCGUCGUGCAAAGCUGAAAAGAUCACACCGAGAAUCUCAGUUUCUAAUGGUGAAAAAUACUUUCACCUCCAGCCUGCUAGAGUAGACAGAAGGAUGGUUUGGUGUUAUGGUACUACAACAGAACAUGAAGAAUUACUGGAAUUUUCAUAAGUUGUAUUAAGUAAUGAUGAUAUAUUAAUUACGAUUUUAUCCCCAGAUUUGAAAGUUUAUCAUAAUUUUCAUUCAAAUAAACUGUAAAUACUUGAAGUAUUAUUAUAAUUUACUUUUUGUGGAAAAAGUUAACUUUUCCUAUAUAUUUUAAUAAGUAUUUUCAGGAAAGUCUAAUUAAUUUUGCAGUUGAAAAAAAUCCAAUCCCUAGGUUGCACAAGAUUUUCAGCUAGUAUGAAUAACUGCAGCUUAA